GUGACGGUGUUAGCAGUGCUGUAAUUGGCGGUGGCGGUGGUGGUGUUAGUGGUGGCAGUGGUGUCAUUGGGAGUGGCGGUAGUGGUGUUAGUGGUGGCAUUGAUGUCAUUGGCAGUGGCUGUGUUGGCGGUGUUAGCAGUGCUGUAAUUGGCGGUGGUGGUGUUAGUGGUGGCAGUGGUGUCAUUGGCAGUGGCUGUGUUGGCGGUGUUAGCAGUGCUGUAAUUGGCAGUGGCUGUGUUGGCGGUGUUAGCAGUGCUGUAAUUGGCAGUGGCGGUGGUGGUGUUAGUGGUGGCAGUGGUGUCAUUGGCAGUGGCUGUGUUGGCGGUGUUAGCAGUGCUGUAAUUGGCAGUGGCGGUGGUGGUGUUAGUGGUGGCAGUGGUGUCAUUGGGAGUGGCGGUAGUGGUGUUAGUGGUGGCAUUGAUGUCAUUGGCAGUGGCUGUGUUGGCGGUGUUAGCAGCGCUGUAAUUGGCAGUGGCUGUGUUGGCGGUGUUAGCGGCGCUGUCGGUGGUAAUUUAAUUGACGGUGGCAGCGAUGGCGAUCACGUUGGCGGUGUUGGCGGUGACGAUGGCAGCGGUGGUGGAAGCGGCGGCGGUUUCCUUCCCGCGUUGGCCAGCGCGGUGCUCUGUGCGGAGGGCGACUGCGAGCCGGCGUGCGGUAGCGACGAUGGGGGUGCCGACGAGUGGAGCGAGGUGGCGCGGCUGCUGGAAGCGCAGGCGGUCAUGCUGAUGGAGAGGACCUCGCCGCUGGGCCGGGGAGGAGGAGGAGGAGAAGGGGAACGUAGAGCAGAAAUAACAAGUGGAGGAGGAGGAGGAGGAGGAAGAUGGGGAGGAAUAGGCAGGCUAAUGGGAGAAGGGAUAUAUUGGGGAGAAGGAAAAGGGCAAAUGGUUGGAGAAGAAAGACGAAGAGGAGAACUUGGAGAAGGCACCAGCGGAGGGGAGGCAGAGGUAGAAGGAAGAGCAUUGGAGAGAAUCUUAGAAAUAAGACGCGAUGGAACAAGUGUGGGAUUCGAAGGAACGUUUGGGCUGGGAGAAGGCCUACGUGGACUCGAAGUGAAAGGAGGGAGAAACGGAGAUGCAGAAAUCGAUGACAGAAGACAAGAGGAAGGAAGCAGAUCGGGAGGAUCACAAGGAGACCGAAGAACAAGAUCGGAGGGAGGAGGAUUCGGAGGUGGCGGUGGCAGCGGCGCGGGCGGAAUGUUUGCGGAAUGCCUCGGCGUUCUGGCCGGACGUCCGUCGUCGCCGUCCGCCUUCCCGCCUUGCGCUUGGCUCUCGGAGCGGAGCUUCGAGCGCUCUCCUCGCCGCGCUGACGAGGGUGGCGUAGCGCCACGCUCGGACGUCGAUCGCCGACCUUGGGGCGUCGAGGCCACCGCGGCUCGGGCCGAUUGGGAAAAAAAUCGGGCGGCGCGCGCCGCUCCGCUCAACAGGUCCUACGACGUCGCCAUGCCGUCGCCGGCGCUCCUCGCCAGCCUGAGGGGAGGAGGGGAAGAGGUGGAGCGCGAGGUGGCGCACGAGGUGGUGAAGAGGUGUCUGAAGGUGGAGCUGUGCGAUGCAAUGGGAGUGCGGGCGAAGGUGACCUGCGGGAGCUACUGGCGCGCGAUGAAAGACGACAGUCGGCUCAAGGGAGAGCGACUGACGGCGUUGGCCAGAGGGUUCCUCGCUCGACGACUUCUCGCCACCGAGAAGGUGCAGCAGCUCAAGCAGACCGUCAAGGACACGCGGGAUCUGCUGCGCUCUUUGAGCCAGGCGACUCCUCCCCGCCGCUCUCGAUCCACGCAGGACUCGGCACUGUACGAGAGGGCUCUCGCUCAGCUGAGAGCCGCUCUUUACGACGUUCAUGACAUCUUCUUUGCGACGACGAGCCACGAAAAGGUGGAGAUGAUGAGGAGCGACAGGGAGGCGCGCAGAGAGAGGGAGCAGCGGAGGCUGGAGAGAAGCGUCGAGGUGCCACACGGAAGACCAGUGUUGUCUGCUGCCACACAGAAGUCACUGGAGAGGAAAUUCAAGCAGAGGGCGACGGAGCAAAACCGAGGGAGCCCAAGGACCCGGGGUCCUAUCGUGCGGGCGUCCAGCCACUCCAGGGUGUUUCGGCCUAACCAGAGCAUCAACACGUUACCUCCUGCUGCCAUGGCCACUGGGAGCCUGUACAGGUCGGCGAUUGCGAAGGGCAAGGAAACGGCCGUCCCUGCCCCCGCCGCUUCUCCCACUGCCUCCUGCUGCACUGGCGCUCGCGUGAGGAAGAUCGGAGGCAGCGGAGGCGGCGGCGGCGGCGCAAGGAAAGUUGGGAGCGUCGCCAUCAAGAAGCGUCCGUCGCUGGCCAUGUGAGAUGCGCCGGGGGGGGGGGGGGGGGGGGGGGGGGGGGGGGGGGGGGGGGCCCUCUUGCUCGGAACCUCACCCCGGCCAUCACGCUGCGUCGUGUGAAGACGCGCGCAGAGAGAAAGAGGUCAACCGACCUGGGUAACCAACGAAAUUAAGACGUUUUUAUUUUACCAGCGAAGGCCCCGCUGAGCUGUUGUAGCUCUUUUUUUUUCAGAAGCCACCCCGGCUAUGGCAAAUGAUAGGUCAAGGAAGUGGUUUAUCAUCAUCAUCUUCAUCGUGUGGACAUUUAUGGCGGCCAAAUACUCGUUGAGUCUUCAGUGUGGAGGGAAAAACAGGAGUGCCCGGAGGAAAGAUCCACGUGACCACGGGGAGAGAGACACUCAAACUCCAAAUAUACAGCAGGCGUCAGGGUCAGGAUUGAACCCACGACUUCCUGCGUACCAGGCGAGGGAGUUAACAUCUAGCCACAGUGGUGCCCAAAUUGUGCUUGUAUGCCAACGCAGCAGCAGCAGCAGCAGCAUCAUCGCCAAUUCACCGUAAUCGUCGUUUCGCAGCGCCACUGCCAUGUUCAGUCUUCCGUCUCGUCGAAGCCAAAGGUUCCAGUGUUGCGAGGGGUCAGCUACGCGGAUAGCUCCUCUCCCAUGCGCUUCUGUUGUGUGCCUCUUCUCUACUGCACCCAAGGUGCGUAGGGCGGGUGGGGGGGGUAGGGGCGCUGUACGUGAGACGUUAAGAAUGGGAAAAUCAUCUCGGAUUUAAGCACCUUCCUGCGUGGAGUUUUGUAUGGCGUCCACCUGUCCUGCAGAGUGAGUGAGUGGAGUUUGUAUCUUCUCCCCCUCCUCUGCAGAGUGUGGCGAGUGUUCGUGAGUGUGUGACUGAGUAGACUUUGUAUGGCGUCCACCUGUCCUGCAGAGUGAGUGGAGUUUGUAUGAUCUCCCCCUGUUCUACAGAGUGAGUGAGUGGAGUUUGUAUGAUCUCCCCCUGUUCUACAGAGUGGAGUUUGUAUGAUCUCCCCCUGUUCUACAGAGUGGAGUUUGUAUGAUCUCCCCCUGGUUCUCCCUCGGAUGAAACCCAUUAAUAAUCAAAAUGUGCUCGUAUAAAUCGAGUCAGGGGUGGAGGAUGGUGUUGUGGGGGAGGGAUGGCGCCUCAGCGGUGUGCACACCGAACCCCGUGAACCGGAGUUGGAUUCUUCGUCACGGCUAACAUCGGUGGCGAGUGAAAACAACGACAGCUCUUUACAUUUUAAAAUAUCGAAUCGAGCCCAGCCGGAGCCAUCGCCCUUCUCCCGACCCCCCCCCCCCCCCCGCCUCCAAACCCCCUUCCCGCGUGCCGUUCCACCAAGCUGCCCUGACCCUGACCAGCACGGUGAAGUACGGUCCCACGGUGAAGUACGGUCCCACGGUGAAGUACGGUCCCACGGUGAAGUACGUUCCCACGGUGAAGUACGGUCCCACGGUGAAGUACGGUCCCCACGGUGAAGUACGGUCCCACGGUGAAGUAC